UUUAAACAGACUGCUGUUGGCGAGACCAUGAUAUCGUCGAGACGCGCCCAAGAUUCUCACUGUCCGCCCGCCUGUGCGAGCGGCAAGUCGAAAGGCGAGCAUUUGACAGACAGCCGUUGCACAAGACUUGAAGAGUCCUAUAUCGAGUGAGAGAUAUCAGAGACAAUUACAGAAAUCCGACUUUGGUUUCCAAACCAGAUGGAACAUCUCAGAGCCGGGAUGACGGGACAGGGAAAGAGACAAGGACAUAGACGACUGAUGCGGGAGAUAAAAUGAUAAGAAAGGCGGAGAAGGAACUUAGCUGGAGGUCCGGACGGAACUCGUAAUCACCCCAAAUCGGGACACCUCAGCAUCUCCGCGUCUCUUUCCCGCUCGCCUAUUCCUCUUGUCUUGCUUCCCAUCCUUCCAACCUCAUUUUGUGAUCCUUUUUUUUUUUGUGGCGAGAAAGUCUGUGCUGUAGGCGCGGUCUGCUGUACGAUCGCCCAUUCUCACAAUGAGGCCGUUUACCGUACUCACAACGCUAUGCGGGCUGUUUCUAUCAUCCAGCACCUUGGUAUGCGCCGAUUCCACCUUGUCAAGCUCACCAGUCGCUCUACCCCGCGACUUUAAGCCCCCUCAGGCUUUCAAGAAUACAAAUCUUGUUCGAAACACCAAUCUGGAGAAGAGUUAUCUUCGCGAGACAAUUAAUGUCGUAGUGGAGAAUGUGGAUAAAGAAGCUCAAAGUGACUAUUACUUGGCCUUGCCAUCCGACCUCUACGCUAAGGUUGGGGUCCUCGAAGUCCGCGAUAAAUCAGCACCGGAGAAGGGAAGGCUCGAUGUGCAAGCCACCGAAAUUGAUUCAAGCCGGGAUCUUCAAUACUUUAUCGUCCACUUUUCCGAACCCCUGAAGCCCUCGUCUCAAAUUACUCUAGGAAUCUCGUACUCCGUGCUCAAUUCUUUCAGCCCGCGCCCGGCCGCUGUUAAGCAAAUGGACCGACAAUACCUCACCUAUUCGUUCUCUGCCUACGCCCCUUCGGCAUACACGACAGUGACACAGAAAACUAAACUUAAAUUUCCCAGCACCAAUGUUCCGGAUUAUACGACUACGGACUUGAAGUCGGGUGCGGACCCGGAACGUCUGGGUACCAGCUACACUUACGGACCCUACGAAACAACCAAGGUGGCUCCCGGAAGCAACUAUCCGAUCACCGUUCGUUAUGAAUUCACCAAGCCAGUCAUCACAGCCUCACUCCUAGAGCGCGACCUGGAGGUGUCUCAUUGGGGCGGAAACCUGGCCACGGAGGAGCGCUACUGGUUGCGCAAUAAUGGCUCUGAACUCUUGGACCAUUUUUCGCGUGUGGAAUGGACUCUGAGCAGCUACCAGCAGCUUCCAUCCUCGUCAAUCCGCGAGUUGAAGUAUGCCCUGAAACCUGGCUCUGUUGACCCUUAUUUUAUCGAUGAUAUCGGCAAUGUUUCUACAAGCCGCUACCGUCCUGGAAAGGUUCCAAGCCGAGACGCUUCAUUGGAGCUUCGUCCGCGGUUCCCAAUUUUCGGCGGCUGGAAUUACAGUUUCCGUAUCGGCUGGAACAACGAUCUUUCCGCCUUCCUGCGUCGGGCUGUCGACAGCUCUGACUCUUACGUGCUCAAGGUUCCCUUCAUUGAAGGACCCAAGGUCACCGAGGGCAUACAGUACGAGAAAGUCGUUGUUCGGGUGAUCCUGCCCGAAGGCGCCCGGAACGUUCGCUGGGAGACGCUUGAGAAGGUCUCCAGCAACGGACUUCCCAGUGCCAGCCAGAUCCAGGCCGACGUGUCCGACCACAAAACCUUCAUGGACACUCUUGGGCGGACGGCAUUGACUCUUACCGUUGAUGGACUGACUGACGAAGCUCGCGACUCCCAACUUGUGGUGACCUACGAAUAUUCUCUGUGGGAUGGAUUGCGCAAGCCGGUCACGAUCACGGCAGGCCUUCUUGCGGUAUUUGUAGCCGCGUGGGUUGUAGGCAACCUUGACGUGAGCAUUAAGAAGCGGUAGCUGCGGUGGAUGUAUGAUAUGAUCUAGUUCUUUGUGCGAGACCAGAAUUGAAAAUAGAUGUUUGCUGGUGGCUUCCCGGAAUGUUGUCCAUG